UUAUAUCUAGACUUAAUAUUACCGUACAAAUCCGCGGUAGCUCUAAUAGCUUAUUAGCAGUUAUAAGAUUGCAAAAAUGAAACGAAUCAUACACCCGAUAUUGAUGUUAUUUGCAAUAAUUGCAACUCGAGUGAGAGGAGGCUUGGGUGAUGUUACGUUACGUAAUUCAUCGGGUGAAAUUACAUAUGAUAACGUAAGCGUUUCCUCUACGACUUGGAAAUUUCCUGCUGAAUAUAAGGAUAAUCACACACUCUUUAUAUCUGUCAAAAAUGUGUCGAUGCGUGGAUGGAGACCAGAUUCAACCCGUAAAAGCUGCAUAGGAUGGGUGUAUUUGCCAGAAAUGGGUAGGACAUGCAGGCCAUGGGUUAAAUGUCUAUAUUAUCAGCCGUUGGGAUGCAGCCUAAAAAAUACAGUAACUUUCACAACACCGGAUAUAGACGGCGUAGUCUGCGACAACUUCGCAUGGUUUCGUCUGCCAAAAAUGCCAGCGGAAUUGAGGAUAGAUGGCGAUUAUUCUGGUGACAAAUUCGCUCAAUUGCAGUACAAUUAUCUCAAAUGCCCGACGAUGGAGACCGAAUACUCAACAACGGUAACUGCUUCAUCUACCGAUCAAACUUCUUCUGUGACGUCAAACGACGUAACAAGCGAAAAUUUACCACAGAUGCUUCAUGGCGGACCCGAAAUGAUUGUGGCCCUUGCAAUCGCUAUCGGAUUGCUUGUCAUAUCGUGGGUGGUGCUCGGAGUCGUUAUUAUACGAAACCGGUCAAAGGCCACCGCACGCAACCCGGAUGUCAAAGUAACUGAGGCGGAAGAAUCAAACACUCGGGAAAUCGUGGUCAAUGCAAUAUAUGGAGAAAAUUUCGAAAGAAUGGGAGACGAUUCGCAGCAGACUAGCUCGAGUGCUGUGUAUAGCAUGGUCCAUAAUAACUAGCUAACAACUUCCAUACCAGACAUUGACUGGUAACCGGACGAGAUAACGUGGCUCAACCUACGAUUGAACCAUUUUAUCGGCUUUCCUCUCCUAGAGAUGAUUAUUAAAUGCCUACCCAUCGUAUUCUAAUCAAAAACUAUCCAAACCGUUGCUGCUUUGUGUUUAUUGUAUUACGAUGCGCAUAUGCUUAAUUUGCAAAAACCACAUUCGCCGACAACAACAGUAGCGGGAAACUCUAAUUUUCGAUCUUUCAAAUUAGAUAUUUAAACCUUGCUGUCGUUGAUAAGUAACCAACUUUGGCUGCAUGCGAAUUUCUUUCCCCGGUGCAAUUAUCGCUCUGAACUAGGCCAGGUAUAGACAAACACCGGGGAUAGUUCACUAAACGCCGUUAAGUACUUCUAGUAGGCGUUGCAUAACCAUUUUCGCAUAUGUCAUUUCUAACUCCACCUGACUACGUCAUUCAAAAAUUACGUCAAAUUACAUUACACACUACAACGUCACAGUGACAAAAUAAUAAAGUAUGCAAAAAUGUCAUCCUGUGCCACGCCAAUUAGAAGUACUUUCGGCGUUUAGUCAACAUGCCCCAUAUUCCUCCCUCUAAGCUGCGCGACCGCGCAGCCGUCUGUGUAUCCCCGCGCAG